AUGGCUAAGUCAAAAAACCACACAGCACACAACCAAACUAGAAAGGCUCACCGUAACGGUAUCAAGAAGCCACAAACCCACAAGUACCCAUCCUUGAAGGGUGUUGACCCAAAGUUCCGUCGUAACCACAGACACGCUCUUCACGGUACCGCCAAGGCUUUGGCUGCUGCUCGUGCUGAGAAGAAGUAA